GGCGCAACCAAUUGUAUCUAUUUGUACUUUUGCAAAAUCAUGACAGAGACUGAAAGCGCCCCAGCCGCCGCUCCUCCAGCGGAGCCCGCCGCCAAGAAGAAGCCGGCUAAGAAGGCAGCAGCCGGAGGAGCCAAGAAAGGCAGCAAGAAGCCGUCCGGUCCCAGCGUGUCCGAGCUCCUCCUCCAAGCAGUGGCCGCUUCCAAAGAGCGCAGCGGGGUCUCCCUGGCCGCCCUCAAGAAGGUCCUGUCCGCCGGAGGAUACGAUGUGGAGAAGAACAACAGCCGCCUCAAGGCCGGCAUCAGGGGGCUGGUGACUAAGGGGAGCCUCGUCCAGGUCAAAGGACAUGGCGCCUCCGGAUCCUUCAAGAUCAACAAGAAGCAGCAAGAGGGCGACAAGGCCAAGAAAAUCGCCAACAAGAAGCCAUCGGCUGCGGCCAAGUCCCCCAAGAAACCUGCGGCAGCCAAGAAGCCGGCCAAGUCCCCCAAGAAGAAAGCCCCCAGCAAAGCGGCCAAGAGCCCCAAGAAGGUCGCCAAGAGCCCCAAGAAGGCCGCCAAGAAACCGGCAAAGCCUGCAGCUGCUCCCGCCAAGAAGGCGACAAAGAGCCCCAAAAAGCCCAAAGCUGCAGCCAAGCCGAAAAAAGCCGCCAAAAGUCCGGCUAAGAAGGCGGCUAAACCUAAGACAGCAGCCAAGCCCAAGAGGGCCGCUCCGAAGAAGAGAUAAAGGCAGCAGUAGCCGGACACCCCCCUCAUCUCCACCCCACACAAAGGCUCUUCUCAGAGCCACCCAUCUCCUCCUAACAGAGCCGCACAUACCUACCUACACCCACCAGGGGCCAUAUAGACUUUGUACACGGUCUAGAUGAGAUCGCAUGUUCCCAUCACACAUUGUACAUUUGUCCCUUGCAGAGAGUCUCAGAUUUGAUAUGAUAAAUCGCACAAAUAUUACUAGAGAUCCCUCCUGAUAUAAAAGGUUUUCUGGGCCCCUGCAACGAUCCAUUUCAUGUGAAGAUCGGAGCCCUGGAGAUCCCCGCCCACUGCCUGGUAUCUGGGGGGGUGCAUUAUUCACACUUCCUCUUUCUAGAU